AUGACGGAUACCAGACGCAAGUCCGCCAACGGAGGGACCCCGCGUCCCCGCAUUAGGCCAUCUCGAGGUCGUGGCCUGAGAACAUCGACUGGAUGCCUCACCUGCAGAGAGCGACGUGUCAAAUGCGACGAUGGGAAGCCGACCUGCAUGCGGUGCACCAAGGCGGGCCGCGUCUGCCGAUAUCGUCAACCCCAGGGGUCCGAGCAUCCCGGUGCCACGGGGACUGGGGAGAACAGGGCUGCACAGCCGAGCAUCACUGUUGAAACAGCGCCGACUCCAGCUCCGGCGCCAGCUCCAACACCGUACUUUCCGGUCCAGCUUAACGGACAAGACGAUCUUCCGGACCGAGGGAAUAUUAGUGACCAUGGACUGUCAGUAUCCAGCCUGGAGGCCCAGACUCUUCCAUUUACGCUUGGCGAAAUAUCCACUCCAUUCGAAUGGUACGACCUGCUGGCCCGGGAUGCCAUCAGCAAUAUCCAACGGUCGGGGGAGCCCCGAAACUUUCCCGAGAUCACUCUUUCGCGUAGACAGUCGCCCGCGCCUGAAUGUAUCGAGCCUCCGUUAGGAGUACUGGAGUAUCAGUCCGAGCCCUGGAACUCAGAUCAUAGGAUAGAGUUAUCGGCAUACGACCUCAUCUUCUUCCGAUACUACAUUGAAGUUGUCGGACCGAUCCUAGACUUGUUCGAUCCCGCUCGGCAUUUCACCAAUGUCGUGCCGCAUCUGGGCCUGCGAAAUACCGGGCUGAUGAAGUCGAUACUCGCGGUUGGCGCUAAGCAUAUGUCGCUCGGCUAUACAAAUGCACCGGGUGAAGUCACAUCACCGGGUGCGAAUGCAAGUAGCCCGGCCUCGUUGGCGGGCGCGGCGAAUGCUGCCCCGGGCCCGUCUCCGGCGCACAUGGCGACACAUUACUACUACGAAACGCUCCAAUACCUCUCACAAACACUGCUCUACCCCUCAUAUGCGGACUCACGUGAACUCCUGGCGACAUCCACCAUGAUUAGCACCUAUGAGAUGUUUGACGCCGACGCAGACAGGGAUGACACCUCGAGUGGCGAUUGGGAGCGGCAUCUGCGCGGAUCCUUCUGGAUCCAACGGUCACAAGACAACGACGGUGAAGCUGCUGACGGGCUGAGACGAGCGGUCUGGUGGGCAUGGCUCCGGCAAGACCUUUGGGCGGCCUUCCGGGCAGGUCGGCCAACGCUUACCAUCUGGCGUGCUAGGAGACCGCUAGAGGAGCUCAACUCGGAUGAAUUGGCCACAAGGAUCGUCUACAUCUGCGCCAAGUGCGUAGAAUACGCCGCCUCGGGAAAGAUGCCAAACCAGGAUCAGGAUCCACGAGCCAGGAUUGAGCAGGGCGACCAACUGCUCCGUGCACUCGACGAUUGGUAUCGAGCCCUUCCCCCUUCUUACCAACCGGUUGCUGCUGCUGCAUUGGACCCUCAGAUAGGCACAGUCCGACGAGCGUCCAGCAUCAUGCCAUCAACAAGCCCCGCCGACUCAACAAGUUGGGCCGCGGAUGGAACGGGGGCGCAGGAACCGAGCACCGUGUACAUCCCCCCUGUAUGGAUCCACCCGGCCAACCACGCAGGGGCGAUGCAAAUGUACCAUUUCGCCAAAGCUGUUGUGCUUCUAAACCAGCCCACGAUGGGGGGAUUGAAUGCCUACGUUGCUCGGCAAAAGCAACUCGGCGAGAGUGUACAGAUGGUCUGUGGCAUUGCCAACGCUUGCCAGGAGCACGAAUCGGCAAUUGCUUUUGUGAACGUCCAGGCCUUGUUUGCCGUCGGCCAGUUCGUUCAGUCGCCUGCGAUGCGGGUCGAGCUGAUCCGUACUCUGGAAAACAUGUUGCGGAUCAGCAAGAUCCCGGCCAACGGGCUGGUUGCGGAACUCAAAAGGGUGUGGCAAGAGGCGUCCGGAUAG